GCUUGACUGGUCUUACUAUACCCUCGCACUAAUUGGAAAUGUGCUAUGACUAAAGGUUCGUGGAUGGCAGGGACAGGCAAGUUUGUGGGUUAGCAGAUGAGGCCCUUCAGGAUGAAGUGUCUGUGGGUGGUGUUGCUUGUUCUGCACAGCAUCCAGAGGGCCAACACUGUGAUUCCAAAGGUUGUGGCUCCUGGACUUGUCCGGGGUGUAGUGGGAGAUGACCUGAUUCUACCCUGUUACCUCGAGAACAACGUCAGUGCAGUAGACAUGGACGUGCUGUGGCUGAUUGGUAGCGAAUUUGUCCAUCGCUACAAAACACAUCAGGAUGUAACUGACAACCAGUUACCCGAAUACCGCAAGAGGACAACUCUGUCCAGAGAGGAGAUGCUGAGGGGAAACGUGUCACUGAAGAUCUCCAAACUCAGGCUCUCUGACACAAACACAUACAGGUGCUAUGUUUCAGCAGACCGCGGCUAUGACGUUGCUUCUCUACAUGUCCAGGUUAAUGAGUUUGAUUUGAUGACUUCUGCUGUGAGCCACACGAAUGGAAGCACAACUCUGACAUGCAAGACCCCAAACUGGCCAGACACCACUAAACCCACACUCAAGUGGCUGGACAGCAAGCAGCUGGUUCUUAAAGAUACACACAUUUCCUACUACGGACUCACCGGGACAACUUUUAGCAUGCAAGGAAGAGUCACUGUGCAGGAGAAACCCAACAACACAUACACAUGCAGGGUUUCAUACGAAGAUACAGGCUAUAAGACAGAGAAGUCAUUGGAGGUUCCAGGCAAGUAUAACAAUGAUUACAAAUGUGUAUGCUUACAGAGUGAACAGAUCCCGGAAAAAAGGAGGAUUAUAAAUCUGCAGUUUCUCAAGACCAAACUGAAGAGUGAUGACCUGAGAAGGCUAUCAGAAGAAGUGGUGCCAAAAUCUCUCAAGGAUUCCCAAAGUCAGAACAUCUCUUGCUGUUUGAGCAUUGAAGUGGAAAAGGAUCGCACAGUUGAUAGCAAAUACGCCUCCCUCUUGGCAGAGAUAAGUGAUGACAAAUUUCAGCUAAAUGUUGAGUUCUGGACACCUGAGAUCAACGCUGGACAACAAGCAAAUCCACCAUUGCUCCGCAUCUCUCUCACCCUGCCACCAUCCCAGGUCGACAGGACCGACUGGAAAGAUUACCUACUGAAGGUACAUCAGUUAAGGGCACAAAAAGGUGUGGUUCAGGACCUUUGCUCUCCUAAUGACCUGGAAAAGCUGGAAAUUGAUAUGACUCGACUAACGGAUUGGGCUUCUGUGCUGUGCAGCCUCCAUGCCCGUCCCAGCCUUCAGAGAGUAGUCAUUAAUGCUCCCAAUCGAAGCAUACUGGAUAACCAUGAUUUCUCCUGUGUUACUUUGACACGAGUUAACAGGAUCACUAGGAUCAGAAUGGAUCAUACAAUGCUCCCUGGGAGGGGCAGAAUGCUGCAAUGGAUGCAUGCAGGCAUCAAUUCAGAUUCAGAAUCUGGAAUUGAUCAUGGAAUGUGCAGGCUGAUGGUAAAUGACAGCUCCGGUGAGCCAUCUGCGUUGAUCACCCUGCCAACAAGAGAAGUGUCCAGCAGACAGCAAUGCACAGAAAUCCUCAACAUGAUUCAAAAAAUAAAGAACGAAGAAAACCAGGAGGAGAGUGUGAUGGGCCUUCUCUCCAAAGGUGUUGUGGAGACAGUUCUGCCUGUGAACUGUAUUUCUGUGAGCUUGGCUGCAACGGUCUUGUCCUCUAACAAUAGCAACAUCGAAGUUUGUAUUUUUACCCAGAACUACAGAGAUAAGGACAACGUUUGUGCACAACUUAGAGUGAAAAAAGACGAGCACCAUUUUGAGUUUUCACUUCGAGACAGUAAAGUAAGCUCAAGUGCCCUCAACGCCCCACUUCUCUCUGGUAUUCAACUCAAACUACCCAACGCUCCAGUAAAUAUGGACUGGAAAAAGGCCUUAACAUGUUUUCGCAGUCUCCGCAGAAAGAGCAACACAGACGUGGAUGUUCAUCUGCGUACUUUGCUGUCCUGCUUGUCUAAGCAGCAUGGCCUAAAGGAACUGGAUUUGUAUGUGAGCUGCUUGGGGGAGAGCCUGAAACAAGAUAUCAAGUCCCUCAUGGAGGACUGCCCCAGCCUGGUGGUCAGAGUGUCGUGUGGUUAUAACUGCUACCUUGGAGAUGACAUUAUAUGGGUAGUAAAGGGCAAUCCUGAAGAUGGAUGGACAGAGAAAUGUGAAGGUAUGUACCUUUUUUGUUUUUAUAGCAUAUCAUGUGGUGUUAUCAUCACUAUUGAGCAGGUUUUCAGCACGUCAGUGGUGCGACUGAAGCUGCCCUCGCUCCAUCGGCAGAUACACUCGACCUCAUGA